AUGCGAAAAAAGAAGAAAGUUUGUAAAUGUUGUGGUUUGGAAAUUACUGGUCAAUUCGUAAGAGCUUUAUCAAAUGCUUUUCAUGUUGAUUGUUUCCGUUGUGAUGAAUGUGGAGAACAAUGCUCAGCAAAAUUUUUCCCUCAUGAUAAAAUUGAUGAAUCAACUGGUUUAAAAUACCAAGUUGCAUUAUGUGAAUAUGAUUAUUUUAAAAAAUUGGAUCUUAUUUGUUUUAAUUGUAAUUCAGCUUUAAGAGGUCCUUAUAUUACAGCUUUAGGUAAUAAAUAUCAUUUAGAACAUUUCCGUUGUGCAGUUUGUGAAAAAGUAUUUGAAUCCGAUGAAAGUUAUUAUGAACAUGAAGGUAAUAUUUAUUGUCAUUUCCAUUAUUCUAAAUUAUAUGCAUCUCAUUGUGAAGGUUGUCAUUCUUCCAUUGUAAAACAAUUUGUUGAAUUAUUUAGAGGUGGUAGAAAUCAACAAUGGCAUCCAGAAUGUUAUAUGGUUCAUAAAUUUUGGAAUGUCUGUAUCACUGCUGAUUCUGUUGGUUUAGAAACUCAAUUUAAUGUUAAAAGCAUUGAAAAUUUAAAUUUACAAGAUUCAAAUAUUGAACCAAAUGUUUUAAUUGCAAUGGAAGAACAAAUUGAAAAUACUGUUAUGAGUUGUUGGUUAACCUUAUCCGGUUAUGAAGAAAAUACUGCUGCUUGUAUUUCUGAUAUGUUAUUAAAUGCUUGUACUGGUAAUCAAGCUAGUGGUUUAUUUGCCACUGGUAAAUUAAUUUUAAAUGUUGAAGUACUAUUUCAAGCUAUUGAUACUGUUCAAGAUUUUUGUAAUAUUGUUGAUAGAGACAUGGGUUUUAAUAAAGAAAAUUCUGAUGGUAGAAAUAAUUCAAAUUCUUCAAAUGAUAAUGAUAUUUUCCAACCUUUAAGAAAAGAACCAAGAAAUAUAUCUGGGAAAAUUAUGAGUUAUUUAGCUAUUUUAAGAAAAUCAGGUCAAAUAUCUUCUUCGGGUAGUCUUUCAGCUGAAUUAUUAUCAGUUAUUACUGGUUGUGCUCAUUAUUUAAAAUUAUUAAUCAGAAUUGGUCUCAAUAAUGCUUUAAAAGUUAAUAAAAUUAGGGGAACGACUGAAGCAACUGAUAAUUUUUUAAUUGCAACUAAAAAUUAUGAAGAAUUAGGAUCAGACCCAGAAAGUUUAAAUCAACUGUUGAUGAUUCAUCCUAAUGCCACUGAUUCAUGUCAAUCAUGUCUGAAAAGUAUUGAAAGGUCCUGUAUUGAAUUUGAAAAUAAAAGAUGGCAUGUUAAAUGUUUUGAAUGUUCUAAUUGUAAAACUGGUGUAUCUUCAAUUGAUACUUCUAAUCAUGUUAAAAAAUUUACUUAUGAUAAAAAUAAGUCAUUAGUUUUUUGUGAAAACUGUACUAAUGAUGAUGCAGUACCAGGUUUCCUGUUUGCAAGUGAUUUAUCUCAAUUAAUUUAUUUAUUAAAAAUUGCUUUAUAUCGAUCUAAAUCAGUAAUGAUUUCUGAAAAUGGCUCAUCUAAAAUUCAGUCGAAUCAACCAAUUCAACCUUCAAUCUCAAAUCAUACACCUAGAUCUAAUUUAGCAGAACAAAGAGAUGCAGCUAGGGUUGUUACUGAAAAUGAUUAUUCAAAAACUUUGAAUGAUGUCACAAGAUUAAGAAGCAGAAGACAAAGUCAAAAAUUAUCAAGUUCAAUUAAAAAGAAAGCUAGAAAAUCUGUUGUUGUUGAAGCUCCUGAAGCAGACAAAGCUAAAGAAGAAGUUACUAAUGAUGAUGGUUUAGUUGAGGAUGCUGAAAAUAAUUUGGAUCAUGGUUUACAAUUUCAAAAUAGAAAAGGUAAUCAUAUGUCAUUUAUUGCACAGCAACAUGAUCAUGAUAUAUUUAAAGUUAAAGAACGUAAUAUUAAAGAUCCUUAUAAAAAAUCAUUAAAAAUUAGAGAUGAACCUCAAAGACAACUUACUAAUAGUCACCUUGAUAGAACUUCUGAUCUUUUGAAAAAUGAAAAAUCAUUAACUUUAGAUGAUAUUCCAAGGAUUGUGGCUGCUGAACAAGCUAGAGAACAACGUCCAAAUGCUUUCAAACAUCAUAAUACUUUAUAUCAAAGAAACAGACCUAUGCAACCAGUUAAAACUGUUGCUGCUGCCACUGGUGGUAAAACUCCAACUACGUCAACAACUGAUGAUAAAGGAAAUGUUGUUGGUACUUCAGUUGAUACAUCUCAAGUUAAAAAAUCUAAAUAUUAUUCAGAAUUAAGUAAACCAGAACAUUAUGUUUUGAGACAUAUUGCAAUUGAAGCUCUUCUUGAAAUAUGUCCAAAUAAACAUAAUAAAGAAGAACUUUUAAAUUUAAUUCAACUGCCUAAAAAACUGAGUGGUGGAUUUUGGGAUAAAUUUAAAUUCGGUGCAAAUGAUCAAAAAAAUAAAGGAUCUUCAGUUUUUGGUAUUGAUCUUCAAGAUUUAACCAAGAAAUUUGGUGUUGAUUCUGAUUUGGGUGUUGGACCAUCUAAAUUAAGAAUUCCAAUUGUUGUUGAUGAUGUUAUCAAUGCCUUACGUCAAAAGGAUAUGUCUGUUGAAGGUAUUUUUAGGUUAAAUGGUAAUAUUAAAAAAUUAAGAGAAUUAACUGAACAAAUAAAUAAAAAUCCCCUUAAAUCACCAGAUUUUACAGGUCAAAAUGCAGUUCAAUUAGCUGCAUUAAUGAAAAAAUGGUUAAGAGAAUUACCAAAUCCAUUAUUAACUUUUGGAUUAUAUGAUUUAUGGAUAUCUUCACAACGUGAAAAAGAUCCUGCAAUGCAAAAAAGAAUUUUACAAUUAACUUAUUGUUUAUUACCAAGAAGUCAUCGUAAUUUAGUUGAGGUUUUAUUAUAUUUUUUCAGUUGGGUAGCAUCAUUUGCAGAAAUUGAUGAAGAAACAGGUUCUAAAAUGGAUAUACAUAAUUUAGCAACCGUUAUUUCACCAAAUAUUUUAUAUUCAAAACAAUCUGUUGAAUCAGAUCAAGCUCCACAAUCUGGUGAGACCUAUUUCUUGGGUAUAGAAGUGGUUAAUCAAUUAAUUGAAAUCCAUGAGGAAUUAAGCGUGAUCCCUGUUGAUUUAUUACAAUUUUUGGAAAAAUGUGGAGUGAACCCAAAAUCUGAAUCAAUGUUAAAUUCCAAAGAUAUCAUGAGUAAAAUUGAUAAGCUAAUUAAAGAAAAUCCUAAACCAUUUUCGAAUUUUGAAGUCAAAAUUGAUAGUGAAGUUCCUCAUCAUACUAACACCAUCAAAAGAGGUCAAACUAGAGUAUUAACCGAAUCACACGGUGAAACCACCAAUGUCUAA